AUGUCAGAACUCGGCGUAAUCAUCCGCGACCUCGACUCCUACAUCACCACCUUCACAACCCCCUUCUACCGCUUCGCUCCCUUCGGCUACAGGCAAUUCUGCGCAGUCGGCAACCGCGCCACAUGCAUCCGUCUCAGCAACGGCAAAGUCCUCCUCCUCAACCCCAUCCAACUCUCCACCCAGAUCGAAGACAAACUCACCUCCCUCGGCGGCGUCGACUACAUAGCCAGCGACCUAGGCCACCACCUCUACAUAACCCCCUACCUAACCCGCUGGCCCACUGCCAAAACCAUCGGCGUGCCCGGCCUCGCCUCCAAACGCAAAGACAUAAGCUGGGACUUCAUCUACUCCCCCUCCCCCCAAACUCUCACUCCAGAGGCCGCCUUUAAUUUCAGCGAAGACAUGGAAACAGUCCUCUUCACCGGCUUCAUAACCCACGCAACAGCCUGGCACCACAAACCCACCAAAACUCUCAUCCAAUCCGACCUGCUCAUGAACUUACUCGCCACGGAGCAAUACCACCCCACCUCAUCCCAAGCCGGCCUCUUCUCCCGCCUCUUCGCGGAGCGGGCGCAUCCCUGGUCGAUCUGGUUUCGGAGACUGAUUUACUACAUCGCAAGUGUUGACUACAAGUCGAUGAGACGGGAUGCGAAGCGCGUGGCGGAGUGGGAGAUAGCUCGUGUGGUUCCAUGUCAUGGGGAUGUGUUUGAGGAGAGGUGCGAGGAGGCGUGGAAGUCGGUGUAUCAAUGGUUCCUAGAAGGACCUGCUGAGUCUGGGAUGUUGUGGACGGUGAAGGAGCCGUUUAUGAGGGCGAUGCGGUGGGUGUUUCUGUUGUAG